UUCUUGCCAGUUUUUUUUGUUUUCCUUCUCAAAUUCUCUCUCUCUCUCUCUUUCACCCCAAGAGAGAGACAUUCGGUUCAAAGAAUCACAGAGAUCCUUCAUCCAAAGGAGAGCAGUGUUCGAACUUUGAACCAGUCUACUGUAUAUGAUCUUUGGUGGGUUUUAAUCUUUCAGAUACAAAAAAGGUCCAGUUUUGUAGUUUCUCUUUUGGUUUAGAUAGAAGGAAUUUUUGGCGGUUGUUAACGUAUAAGGAAUUGAAAUGCUGGGAGAUUUCAUAACCAGAUGUCUUGUGCUGAUUCUGGGGUAUGCAUAUCCUGCAUUGGAGUGUUACAAAACGAUGGAGAAGAACAGGGUCGAUAUUGAAGAACUCCGGUUUUGGUGUCAAUAUUGGAUCAUUGUGGCUAUGCUCACAAUUCUUGAGAGGAUUGGGGAUAUAUUCAUUUCAUGGGUGCCCAUGUAUGGUGAGCUGAAGCUGGCACUCUUUAUCUAUCUAUGGUAUCCCAAAACCAAGGGAAGCGGCUAUGUCUAUGAAACCGUGUUGCGGCCUUUCGUGUCUAAGCGCGAACCAGACAUUGACAGGAAGAUGCAGGAGUGGAGGUUAAGGGCCUGGGAUUUGGCCAUUUUCUAUUAUCAAAACUGCUCCGAAUUAGGACAGUCAGCAUUCUUCCAAGUCGUUGAGUACUUGAUGGGUCAGUCUGCAAGGUUCAAACACUCUCGCACAGAGAAAAAGGGCGAUAACAAUAAUUCAAGCACACAACAUCCACCCCCAAAUGUGCCAACAUUCGAUGGCACAGCCAACGGCAAUGGCGAGAAGUGGCCUCCGAUCCCAAGUGCCCCGCCAUUGCCUGGCACCACAAUAAACCGCAACGUGGCCGAGCCACCGAAAUCCAACCUGAUACAAGUCCUCCUCCACCAACAAAAGCAAAGAGAUCAACAAUUGGAGCCCGGCCGUGCCACCUCCCCUACUAGCCCAAGGCAACACCAAGCUGGCCUAAAGUUUAGGCGCUCAAAACCACACAAUUGAGAAAGAGAGAGGCAAAAGCAUUGUACAAAUUUGUAACAUAUAAAAAUAUUUAUACAUAUGUAAAAAUUCAAAUUCAAUUCAUUUCAUUCUUUCCCUACCAUUGUAACAUACACACAUUAAUUACACAUAUUUCCUAUGCUAAAAAAGCCUUGUACUUUACGACAA